UGCAUGCUGCCACUUAUCAGGCAUUUCACUGCUGAACUGACAGCUCUGCUGAGCUGCUCCUGACAGUGUGUCUCAACUAAACAGUUAAUCUCUCACUCAUCUCUUUAGACUGCUGCUGUUAUUUCUAUUCCCUUUGUGUGGGACAUUUAAACUUCUUGGACAGAUCACAUCAUGCAUCUGGCGAGCGGAGUUCUACUGAGCCUCUGUGUCUUGGGGGCUGUGUGGUUUCCGUCCGUCCCAUGGCUCUGCAGCGUGUCGCUGGGGCUGGUGUUUUGCUUGGUGUGGAGGGGAUCCUGGAAAAACAUUCAUGUAGCUGUACGCACCAUCAAAAGAGACCUAGUGUGUCUGGCCGUUAUACUGCGAGUGAGGUAUUCCCUGUAUUGCAAUCUGCGAAACAAAAGCACCAUCCCUUCCCUGUUUGCCCGCACCGUGACACUGCAUCCACACAAACCUGCUUUGAUCUACGAGGCUACAGGAGAGGUCUGGAGUUUUAAGCAGCUCCAGGAGCGGUGCCAUGCUGUGGCCCACUGGGCACUGGCGCAGGGCUGGGCUGAGGGUGAUGUAGUGGCUUUGUACAUGGAAAGCCGACCUUUAGUGGUGGCCCUGUGGCUGGGCCUGGCUAUGGUGGGCGUAGAGGCUGCACACAUCAACUACAACCUCCGACAGCACUCUCUGCUGCACUGCAUCCGCGUGUCCGGCGCUCGAGCGAUGGUGUUUGGAGCAGAGAUGACUGAAGCUGUGGCAGAGGUGAUUGGCUCUUUGCAGACAGACAUGGUUUUGUUCAGAAGUGGUAAGCAGGAGGAUGAGGAGAAGCUCUGCAACGUCUACAUUCAGAGCUUGGACAACCUGCUGGCCCGCUCACCCGCACACCCACCACGCUACAAACCCAGGAAGGAAUUUAACGACAGACUUUUUUACAUCUAUACGUCUGGUACAACAGGGAUGCCAAAGGCAGCUAUAGUGGUGCACAGUAGAUAUUAUCGGAUUGCUGCCUUUGGUUUUCACUCCUUUGGCUUGCGCCGUGAUGACAUCAUCUACAGUUGCCUUCCCCUCUAUCAUUCUGCAGGCACCAUCAUGGGUGUAGGACAGUGUUUGCUUUUCGGGGUGACUGUUGUAAUCAGGAGGAAGUUCUCAGCCAGUCGCUUCUGGGACGACUGUGUCAAACACAACUGCACUGUAAUCCAGUACAUAGGUGAGAUCUGCCGUUACCUUCUGGCCCAGCCUGUCCGUCCAUCGGAGGCUCGUCACCGGGUCCGUGUGGCAUUUGGAAAUGGCCUCCGUCCCUCUGUGUGGGAGGAGUUUGUCCAGAGAUUCAGGAUUCAAAGAGUCGGGGAAUUUUACGGCGCCACUGAGUGCAACUGCAGCCUCAUCAAUAUGGACGGAAAGGUGGGGGCGUGUGGCUUCAGUAGUCGCAUCCUGCCCAACAUUUACCCCAUCAGACUGAUUAGGGUGAAAGAGGAUAACAGAGAGCUGCUCAGGGAUUCAGAGGGACUCUGUAUACCCUGUCUGCCUGGGGAGCCAGGCAUGUUAGUGGGGCGCAUCAGCGACAACGAUCCACUCAGGAGGUUUGACGGCUACGCUGAUAAACACUCCACCACUAAAAAAAUAGCCCACAACGUAUUUAAGAUGGGAGACUCUGCCUAUGUCUCAGGUGAUGUGCUGGUGAUGGACGAAUACGGCUACAUGUAUUUCAGGGACCGCAGCGGAGACACGUUCCGAUGGCGAGGGGAGAACGUUUCCACCACAGAGGUGGAGGGAGUCCUCAGCCGCCUGCUGGGACACACUGAUGUAGCCGUCUAUGGUGUGUCCGUACCAGGUGUGGAGGGAAAGGCUGGGAUGGCAGCGUUAGCUCCUCCAGGAGGCCGCAUAGACCUUGACUCGUUCUUGACUGGCGUACAAAAAGCUCUGCCCUCCUACGCACGGCCUGUCUUUCUUCGACUCAUGCCAUCUGUUGACACUACAGGAACUUUCAAAAUUCAAAAGAUGCGUCUGCAGAGGGAAGGAUACAAGCCACAACACACGGGUGAAAAGAUCUAUUUUCUGAACAGCUGCGCUGGACGGUAUGAGGCUAUUACUAAUGAACUGUAUAAUGACAUUAUGGAGGGAAAAGUGUCUCUAUGAGGCCAGAGGUGGCUGAUAAUGAGAUUGUUAGUGAGGACAGUGUGUUUAUGUCACAAGAGAAAAGGGAAGGUGUGAAAACGCAUUGUUGGUGAGGUUUAACGACAAAUCCACUCUGUGUGUACUGAAUGUGAUGUUGAAUAAAUAAAGUAAUUUUUGUUUUAA